AUUUACCAUCUGUAUAGGUAGUUAGAAGAGUGCUCGGCGUGAACGGAGUGAACUUCCUGUUCGUUAGUGAUAAGAUUGUGGUGGUGUGUGUUGUGCGGGUUGACCAUUGAAUUCCUGAAAUGUUAACCGUCAACGGAAGUGCAGUCAUGCCGGACAAACCGGAACCAAGCGCGACGGAAUCUGAUUCACCGCCACCUUCGUACUCCAGUCUCAUGGCCUCGCAGUCCCAGGGGACUUACGUCCCGGUACCGAUGGAAUCCAGUCAACCUGCACCCUAUCCCACGACGGUGCCGGUUCAGCAGGACACCACACCGUACUGCAACCCCGUUAACCAGGUGCCGAUGGAGACUGUAAAACCGAUGUCACAACCUGGAUUCAACAUUACCCCUUACGCCUCAACGACUUACGCUCCCAUCGUGAACGAACCUCCGGUAGUUCAUGUGAUUACUCCAAAUCGGACGAUCGUGGCUUCUUCCCAAGCCACCAAUUCAAGGAGCAAACGAUCUCGGUACUUGACGGUCUUGGCAGCGAUAGGAGCGAUAUUCAUCAUGAUCGGUGUCGGCUCGAGGAUGCAUCAAAGGACUCAGGAGAGACAACUGCAGCAGAAGAGGGCGCACAAAGUACUGCGCAGGCAAAUACAAGAGGAACUUGGCGAUCGUGGCGAUUUCGACGACUACGAUCAUUUUCGGCGAGAGUUCGAGGAUCCCAUAAUGUGGAAUUCUGGUGGGAACCGGUACAAGCGUGCGAUAACUUCGGUGCUGCCAAAUCGUGACUACGAUUUUGAGGCUUUGAACAGGGCCGCAAUCAGUUUCGUUAAGCAAUUGCCUCAGUUGAAAAACUUGGACAGUCGACCAACCGUUUACGACGCGGACCACAGAUUCGGUCACUCUCUCUUCAAACGGAACACCAUGAACAAACGUCUGCAGGGGCAUGUGAAGAGGUAUACAACUUAGUCAUUGGCUGUCAGAUUUGUGACUUUAAGGAGUGAUGCUUACUUUGUGUUGAGAAAAUAACGUGCCGGUCAAGUGUCUCCGUCUGUUCGUUACACGUCACGAUGUACACCGAUUAACAAUUUAUACUUAACGCGUGUUGCGGUACUUGUGCAGUGCAGAUGGUUCUUCGCGAGAAUCUGUAUAACAGUUUAACGAAAUAUAAAAUCGCAGGCAGUUUAUAAUUCGCCGAUUCACAACUGAGCUUGCGAUAGUCUGGGGUACUAAUUGAUCACAGGAAAUGUAUCGUAAGCUCUCGACGGUUUCGUGGUUACGCCGUUGCCUCGGUGAUUCGCGAAGUCCUGCAUACCGUGAUGAUUAGCUCGGUUAGUUCAAGUAUCGCUUACAACUACUUGAGCCAAGUAGCCUGCUGCCUAAGUUUGGACUAUAUGUAUAAACGGCGUAUUCGUUAUCAAGUACGUGGUUUCGAUAUCUGGGAAUGUUCAGACGCAACGUAGACCGGUAAUUCAAACUUUGGCAUAUCGGUCGCGCGAAAUAGAGUCAGGCUAAAAUCAGUCUUGAACUUACAUCAAAUCUAUUGAAUAUGAGUUUUGACGAAUGUUUCUUAAAUUUCCGUAUGUUAACAGUUUUGUUUCACAAAUAGUUAUUCAAAUCUUCCAAAAAAACAAAAAAAAAUUAUAAAUAUUCUUUCAUUGAAUACGAAAUGAAGUGCAGCGUGACGGAUUGAAGAUUUUUUUUUUGCUGUAUGUAUUUUAUAUUUUUAGACAGCGAGUUAUUUAAACAUCGUUCAGAAUUUUACUAUACACACGAUUACACGAGGUUUUCUUCAUCGAUAAUCUUUAUAUUACAAAUAGAUUCGACAUGUGUAUUGAAAGACAUAAAUGCCGCCAAUGCCUUCUGUAUCUUAUACAUAUCGUUAUAAAUAUACCUACAUAUAUCUAUGUUUCGAGUACACAAGAUAGGGGUGUAAUUAUACACGUGCGUACUUAGAUACCUGCGUGUGAUAAACAGAUGUAUAUAUAUUUUCCAGGCCUAUAUAUAUUCUUACACAGUAGACACUUGUGUUGUAGAUUAAUGACGGUGACGAUAAGAAGUACAAACAAAGCAGUCAAAGUACAAGUAAAACCAUAAAAUAAAUUUUGGAACAAUAUUUCGACAGAUCAAUUCACUAACAAAAUCAAAAUCUGGUAACUGAUUUUCUGGAAAUUUAAAAAAAAAAUUACAAGUAUCGAUUUCUCUUUAGUGAUUUUCCCUGCGGUCACUGAUGACAGUAGUAACGACAGGUAUAUAAUCAUCCUGUAAUUAAAUUCCGAGGGCGGGGGCGUUAAAUUGUAAAUACCAGUUCAUUCGGAUUCGAAUUUAUGCGAACAGAUUUAUUCGCGCGUAUAAAACGCGGCAAAAUUGUAACGUAUUUACGGUGCAUGACGCGAUUGACAGAGAGAUACGAUGUGUAUAUAUAUAUAUAUAUAUA